AUGUUGGCUAGCGCUGUUUCAGACGCAGGCGUAGUUGUCGACGUCGUGGUGCAUAGACGAGCCUUGAGCAGUUCCCUCCAAGGCAACGUAGUUGUCGACGCUGCUGCAGUGGAGGCGUACGAGUGCGGAGAUGCCGAGGCGAUUCUCUCGGCGAACGUGGCGGGGCCACGCCUAAAUAUGGGUAUGGCUAGUAUUCCCUCAGCUCGCACACUGCCGCGGAAUGCGGGGCAGCAGGCGGAACGAGAGCAUCCUGUCGUCGACCCUGGCUUCUUCUACGUAUGCACCCCCGUGAACCCCAGGGUCACGCAGCGCGUAUUCCAUUACUUAAACAUUGUACCAUUUGGGCUGCAUCGCCCCUCGGAGGUGUUUGGCGUGGUGGGACGUCAUACAAACCUCGGCCUGGUGUCUGGGGUGACAAAGGACGGCCAGUAUCGUCUCGUGCCCUACCCACCACAGCAGCCGCAGCCACUGUACCUUGAGCGGGCACGGUGCUUGCCACAGUGCUCCUACCACCACGACUGUCCUGCCACUGGGACCAUCGACCCUUCGUGGCUCCGCCGCAUCCGACACGAAAGCCGCAGUGAACGUGCGCAGCAAGCGACGAAGAAGUUCUUCUGUCAGGCCACUGCGCGGCAGGGGUGGGGCAGACACCGCCCGAGCAAUCCCUGCUCUACCUCCGUAGUGCAGCGCGCGAGUGCAUUGGUAGUGUCUGGGGGCUUGACUUCACCCCAGCUUGGGGUGAGUAGGCCGCUCUCACGCACACGUCAGCGCGGCAUGCACGCGGUGCCGUUGGGUACCGCACCUUCUUUGCCAGAGCUCCCGACAGCCAUCGCGCCAGCGGCGAAGGACCCUUACCCUGCCCCUCGACCUCCCCUGGAGGAAACACCGACGUACUCCUCGCCGCUGGCUGCAGAAUUUGUGCCGCUUGGUGGGCACGCAGAUGCCGAUGACGUGCCAUCGCCGGUGAUGGUUGCCGCUACUGAGGAGUCGCGGGAGGUGUUAUGUACACUAGCGGAGCUGCAGCUCCCUCCUACCCUCGCGCUGCAUGAACCCGUUCCACCCCUUCGUGUAGGCACGCGCGUUGUCGCUCGCCGCCUGGGGUGCUCAGAGGUACUUCACAUGGGAACUGUGCUGGCAGUCAGCUUUGAUGUCACCUACACCAUUCACUACGACGCCGACGGCGGCAUCGACAAGGGUGUUCUUCACAAUGACGUGCACAUGCUCCACGCUGGGGACGAGGGUGCUGCCCAGGGCCGACAACGACCACGGCACCAGUGCGCGCGCGAGCGCGGCAGGGAGCCGUGCACGGUGCGGGAUCAAGUCAUCGUGGAAGUCGCGCAGCGGCCACAGCAGGCCGUCGUCAUGGCCGCCCUCGGCAGUGGUCGAUAUCAAGUUGCCGUCGCCACGGCACCAGUGCCCUUGACUGAGGUGGAAGCCUGCCAUGUGUUGUCGGUGGUGCCGGUGCUCGUCGGUGCCGUGUUCGCGCCUCCGCAUCACCUCACCCUCUUCCGCCAACUUGAUACGACCGGGACGGGGCACGUUAGCUGGAAAGACAUGCGGCACUUUAUCCUUUCAUGGGAAGGCUUUGGCCAGCCCCUCUCCUUCCGGCGACUGGGUGAGAUCCAGCGCGACAUGUGCAUCUGCAAAGGCAGCAUGGGGCCGCAGCUGCUGUCGAAGAUACCGGUCCAGGAGGAGGGGGAUCAGCUAUCCUUUCAAGAUUUCGAAUACGUGCUCUUACGCGCUGAGAAUCUGCUCUAG